GCUGUCUCCUCAGUCUCUCUGGGUGGCGGCAGACUGUCUGUCAACGCGUACAACACGACUUCACAUAAAACAUAAAAAUAACGCGACGCUGGCACAAAACAUGACGUGGCGUCGUUGCUAGAGGAUCCAAUGGGAAGGCAGAAUCUGGUUGUGCCCGAACUGGACGGCAGUGUUGAGAGUCAUCUGUUUAUUUGUACAAUGCAGUGAACCAAAUGGGGCAUUGCAGUACCCGAAUCAUCUUUCUCUUCCUGCUUCAAUUCGUACAGACAUCUGCUAAAGAUGUCUCCAUUGAGUGCAUGUGUGUUGGCAGUGACUGCAAUGAGGAGCAGUGUACUGGAGACCAGUGUUACACCUCUGUCAUCGUUAGCAACGAUGUGACGACAUUCAAACGCGGCUGUCUGGUCGGGCGGGACAGCAAGUUGAUGACUUGCACCGCAGCGCCCUCCGCUAGUCACUUCGUCGAAUGUUGUUCCCAGAACAUGUGCAAUGCCAAGGUGUCGAAAGAGACCCUGCUUCGGCUACUGCAAACAAGUCCAGGAGGAGGGAAGGCUUUACAGUACCGUGUGGAGAUGUUGGUUCUCUUCGUCCUGGGCCCAUUUGUGGUGCUGGGUUUGCUCUCUGUGCUGGCUAUACUGAUGUGUCGCAGACUCCAUCACGGGCGUCUGGAAAGACUGCAUGAGUUUGACACAGAACAGGGGGCCAUCGAUGGGCUCAUCGCAUCCAACGUUGGAGACAGCACGCUUGCAGAUUUAAUGGAUCACUCCUGCACAUCAGGCAGUGGUUCAGGGCUGCCCUUCCUGGUACAGAGGACAGUUGCACGACAGAUCAGCUUGUUGGAGUGUGUCGGUAAAGGACGGUAUGGGGAAGUGUGGAGAGGACAGUGGCAAGGAGAAAACGUGGCUGUGAAGAUCUUCUCCUCCAGGGAUGAGAAAUCAUGGUUUAGAGAGACGGAAAUAUAUAACACUGUUCUACUACGACAUGAUAAUAUAUUAGGCUUCAUGGCUUCAGACAUGACCUCCCGAAAUUCUAGCACUCAGCUGUGGCUCAUCACACACUACCACGAGAACGGCUCUCUCUACGAUUACCUGCAGCGCGUUGCCGUGGAGAUGGCAGAUGGCCUGCACAUGGCGGCAUCAGUUGCCAGCGGGCUGGUGCACCUGCACACAGAGAUCUUUGGCACUGAGGGGAAACCAGCCAUCGCUCACAGAGACCUGAAGAGCAAGAACAUACUAGUGAAGAAAGACCUGCAGUGCUGCAUCGCCGACCUGGGUCUUGCAGUAACACACACCCAGUCUGAUAAUCAGCUGGAUGUAGGUAACAAUCCUAAAGUGGGAACCAAGCGCUACAUGGCUCCAGAGGUUCUGGACGAGACCAUUCAGACGGAUUGUUUUGAUGCCUAUAAGAGAGUGGAUAUAUGGGCCUUUGGGUUGGUGCUUUGGGAGAUCGCCCGCCGGACCAUCAGUAACGGAAUCGUGGAAGAGUACAAGCCACCGUUCUACGACCUGGUGCCGAACGACCCGAGCUUUGAUGAGAUGAGAAAAGUGGUUUGUGUGGAGCAGCAGAGGCCUUUCAUUCCCAAUCGCUGGUUUUCAGAUCCUACCCUGUCCGCAUUGGUGAAGCUGAUGAAAGAGUGCUGGUACCAGAACCCUUCAGCUCGGCUCACCGCGCUGCGCAUCAAAAAGACUUUGGAUAAAAUUUACAGUUCGCUGGAGAAGGGCAAAACUGACUGCUGAAAACAGAGAGAGAGCCACAAAACUACUGAGCGCUCGCCCAAUCAUUAAACACGCACUGUGUGUUACAAAUCAUUUGGAUUCCAGCACCGGCAUCUAUCGCAUUUCUAACAUGCUGUUUGUUCACUUUCUGUUCUUCCUGCAUUUGGCCUAAAACAUCUUUAUAUAGAAAAUCAGUCUAUUUUAUGGAUCGUCUUGUUUUCCCACUGACCCGGUUUGGAUUUUAUUUCUUUUCUGGAAGCAAGCAGAAUUCUUACAGAGAUGGUUUUAUCUCUGAGGAAUCCAGGUAUGAUGGCCUGUCUGAAUGGACUGAAUAAUCUGGAAUGGAUUCUUUGUACUUAAUGCCAUCAUCUUGUCCAUUUAACCAUUGGUGAGCAAAAGGUUAUUACUUUUUCAAACAAAAACAAAGGAUUGAUACACAGGCUAAAUUUCAAUCCCUGUAGUGUGCAUGGACCGUAGUAUGGCUGGAAGAACUUUUUCAGCGUUUUCAAAAUUGCUUUUAGAAGGCGGAUGGUUUUUAAGCUUUUAAAAGGUCAUUGUCCUGAUGACUCUUGUAUAUUGAAAUCUGUGACGCUGACGUCACCACAACAGUUACUGAAUUUGCAUAGGUGUCAUGUGAUUUUGGGUAUUAUUGUGUUAUACACAUUUUGUUACAAACACUAUGUACAUUAAAGAACUAAAGAUUAUUUAUCAGGCCCAUUUAGAAAAUCACGAUUCUGAAGCAGAGGUUAAGGAAAUAUUUAAUCACAAAUAACAUUGCCGUCAUCAACGUGACUCGGCUGUGUUAUACAGCGAGUGAGUGUAAAUUAUGACAGAAUAUUCAUUUUUGGAUGAACGUUCGUUUAAUAAUAGUCUAGUCAUGCUCGAAUCACCCUAUGAGGCCUUCUUGACCUAUCGUGGAGACAUGACUCCAUGAAGGUUUUGCCUCUUUGCCUGCCCAAUUGAAAGCCAUCGUAGCACAUUCUCGUGCUUUUUCGAAGCGUUUUUCCCUUUCUGCUCCCGUUUCGCACUCCGGCUUUUGCUUCGCCUCUGCUCGGCACUCACACUUGAUGUUUCUUUACUGACAAUCAGCCGUUAGUUAUUUGCUAAUGUACCUAAUUUAAGUGUUAAAGUGACACGUCAACACAGUUAGGAAAGCUAGUGAUAGUCAAAGUCGGAAAAACACGCUUUUAUAUCACAUUUUUCAGCAUAAUGCCAUAAACUGAAAGAACGCAGAUGAUUUUCAUAACAACAUUGACAGCUAUUUAAAAUUGCAAUGUCACUAGGAUUUAUGAGGAUUACAAAGGAAAACACUAUUGUUAUUUACCAAUUCAAAAAUUCAUUACUGUUUGUUUAUGUAAUUGUACAAAAGGCUUGAUUUUAUAAAGCGUGGGAAGGGAAUGAUCUUGACACUAACGUUUGUAAGACGUUUACAUCAAAUCCAACAGUGGAACUACCGGGAUUUCUAUUGUGUACUGUGAAUAUAUGUUAUAAUGAAGAACUUGUAUGUAUGAUGUUAUAGGAACAAUGAAAGACACCGUUAUGAAUAAAAAUGCACCUCUUUGA